GCUAGGGAUAAGGUUCCGAGCGGCCUCAGCCAUGGCGGAGAUUGAGAUGGAGAUGGAGCCGAUGCUUUCUGGGGGCUCUCGAUCUGCACGCGGAUGCUGGGCGUUCCUGGCGCUGCCUCUCGCGGGCUUGGCCCUCGCGACACGGUAUGGGGUGCCUGGGUUUUUCUUCCCGGAAGCGUUGCUGGAAGAGUACUACACGGCUGGGUACAAGGAAGGCGUGAACUACCGCAUCUGCAACUUAGAGGUGAAACAAUGCCUCGCUGCUGACGUGUUCCCGGCUGGUUGCUGGCGCUUGAGCCCAAUGGGGCGGAGAGGGCUCGUUUUUGGUGACGGCGAUAGCAAAGGCAAAAGACAGCGCAGCGCUGGAGUUGCGGGAGCUGGCCGAAAGCAGCAACUUUCUCAUCGGCGGGGCAAGGACCUCGCUGAUUCUGGGCCAAGCAGCCAAAGGGCUUUGCGUAGAGGCGGAAGAAAGCUCUUUGCAGCUGGGGCGCUGCAAGAAGCAGACGUUUGAGGUGCCGAUGGUGCGAACCAUGGGGCAGAUCAAGUCUGAGGGACAGCCAGAGCUCUGCUUGCAGGCCACCAAAGGUCACCCCGUCCAGAUGGGGCCGUGCGGUGCUAUGGGCACCUCCUGGAUAGUGGGCGAGAUGGCCCCGAGCUACUUGGAGGGGGCACGCUACAAGAUUUGCAACACCCAGCUGGAGAAAUGCAUUGGGGACUGUCCAAGUGGAGAGAAGGCCUGCGCCAGCGCGGGCAGCGGCGCCUUCUUGGUGGACGAAGCGGCGGCCCCGCACUUUGUCAUCAAGACGGUCAGGACCAAUUUGGACGUGACCACCCUGGCAUUGGAAGCUGACCGCGACCUGUGCUUGCAGGUGCAGGGCUUCGGCACCUGCGACGGCGCUUGUGCACUUCAGGGGAGCUCACCCCUGAAGUUUGAGAAGUGCCAGGAGACGCGGCAGAACUUUCACCUGCCCUUCCCACCUGAGUCCUAUGGCCGCCUCAGGUGGGCUCUCUACGAGGACCGGUGCAUCGAGGCCUUGCAAAGCAAGGUGCAGGUGUCUCCCUGCGAUGCCCGGAAGCUGGUCUUUUGGCGGCUCGUGCCUGCGUGAGGCGGAAA